AUGAUCAUAAAAUAUGGAGAGAAAAAACCUUAUGAAUGUUUCAGACGAUUUAGGAAAAUUCCAAGAACAAUAUUAGCAGAUACGUCAGAAGAAGGAGAAUUAAAGAAGGAAACUACUAACACAGAAGAGAUAAUAUUUACUGUUUUGGAGAAGCUUCUCCGCGCCAAGAACACACAAACGAGAGAUUUACAGUCAUCAGGCUCACGCGCGCACAUGUUACGUCCCAUCAUAAAAGUUGGUAACUUCGGCGAAUUCCGCCAGCAUGCUUCCACGCUAACGGCAGAGCCAGAGUUGACGGAGCUCGACACAGCGAUCUGUGAAACCCCGAUCAACCGGCCACCUGCACCACGAUCUUCGUUAGCGCUUCCGGACUUGUCGCCGAUUUUACAGGCGACAACCGUUGAGGCGCAGGCCCGGAAGGGGGCGGUUGCAAAGCGGAAGGCGACCACUCCCCCGAGUGGCAACAGAGACAGGCCAAGCCGACCGCAACAACAACCGCCGAAGCCGACCGAUGAUACAGCUGAAACUUGGUCACUGCAGGCCGGCCGGUUACAACAGCGCUACCACCAGCUGAUCAAAACAAAGGUCGAGGACGUCAGGCAGCUCAUCAGCCCGCCUAAACAUCACGCAUACCACCCGUUACCAGCAAGUCGUGAUGAAGGUGACUAUGCUUUCCAACGUCUCAGGGUGCAGGAGGGCCACUUCGCAGUUUGCGUGACCAUCAGGCGGUCCGGAGUUUACAACCAAGCGCUGCUGCUCCCAGAGAUGGACAACCCAACAAUACAUCGGAUCUUAAAGACCAUCUUGGGGACAGAGUACCGGUCCAUCACUCGAGUCCUAGCAGCCUCCGAGUACCGCCAAUACCUCCCGCGCCUUGACACCAAGGAUUUCAUUGGUACGCCUUAGACAACCUCCAACCUCCUACCAACCUCCUUUGCCUCCGAUAAAACGAACAAAAGGCAAACAAAACACAGAUGAUGAUGAUGGAGAUUAUGUCAACAGAGAUUUUAACCCAAAUAACGUUGCUGCCAAUGUUAACUCAAAUCACGAUGUUAACCGUUAUACUACUGAAGACAAUGUUGACAACACUUACGAACGUCUGCAACACAACACUGUACAAUAUGUUAACACGUCAUCGAUUGUUGAUGGAGACCACGUGUACCUCCAUGUCAACAGACCAACACAAACAAUGCUUGAGAAUUACCAGACGUCAGAUCACGAUUAUUAUAAUGUUGUGAAAAAAAGACAGAAUCGAACAAUUAUGAUACGCCGGGUGAAAGAGUGUUUGUUGAAUCUGAUUAUAUUUGUCUUUGUUGUUGGCAAUAACUCGUGAGCCCGCUCAAUGAUGUUAUGGGUUCUCAAAAAUGGA